CGUGAUCGGAUUGUACGGUUUGUGGAGCAGCCCUUGGUUUUGAGGUUACGCCGCGAUGAGGUGCUGAAAUAUUUCACAGAAAGUGCUGGCAUCGACGCGACGGAAAACUUCGAGAAGGUGUACAACAGGGUAGCAGAAAGCAUGUUGCGAUUCCUGUGUGCGGGGGACCAGCUGUUACAGUUACUAGCAUCAAUAGGGUUCUACGCAGUCUGCCUCUUCCUGUACUACGGACGAGGACGUCAUGAUCACAGGACACCACCAGGAGACCUCCGAGAAGAUCAUCAUUAAGGCUACAAGAAAUCUCCCAUUUUCACAGGAGUCUACCUUGGUCCCUUUUAUUUUUCCAGGGAAAAGGAGACUCCCAGGUGGAUGCUGCUGAAAGAUGGAUUUCUCUUAGUUGUAACAUCAGCCUUCGCCUUCAAGAAAUUACUCAUCACCAGCAGAUAACGAUAGUACUACCACCUCCAUGACUCCUCCUGGAGGAGUAGCAGCCCUCCGAGACGAGGAUCCUGACGUUCUUGCUGAGCGACAAAGGGUAGAACAAUGGGCUUUGCCCAGCAGGAGAUCAACAACAGCUUGCCGUGAUGAAAACGCUGUGGAACCAGAUCCAAUCCUUGUGCUCAAGAAUCUGCAGAAGAUUUUCCAUCCAUCAACAUCAAGCAGAGGUGGUGGUCCUGUUCAUGCUGUUCGUGGGAUUGACUUUUUUGCUGAUACACCUGGCGUCUUCGGCUUACUCGGCCUAAACGGCGCAGGAAAGACCACCACUUUCAAAAUGAUGCUCGGACUGGAGACGCCGACAGCUGGGCAAGUUUUCAUACGUCCAGACUUAAGGCUCAAUAGAUUGCAUUUGUUCUACUACCAAAAUAUCAUCCUUUUUCGCAGCUUGCUUUUUGGGAAGAUUCUGAAGAAAUGUUGAAGGACGACCAGGAAAAAAAUUAUGAAAUAUUUUGAGCUCCUCUAACAGAUAGUAGAAUCGGGUACUGUCCACAAUUUGACACGCCUUUGUUUGGCGAGCUCAGUGUAUGGGAAAACCUAUGCAUCUAUGCGCGAUUGAAGAUUCCUUCCAUUUUUGAGGAGCAAGAAAGGCAAUCGUCCACCAGGAGAACCUCUCGGUCUCGUUUGACCGAUUUGAUCCUAGACCUGGAUCUCGGUCCCUACCUCGAUCGCAAAGCUGACCUGCUGUCAGGCGGAAACAAACGCAAGGUCUGUAUCGCCAUCGCUCUGCUUGGUUCUCCCAAGGUUCUGUUUCUAGAUGAGCCGUCGACCGGACAGGAUUCUGUGGCCAAGCGGCGUCUUUGGCGAGCAAUAAGGAAAUACGUCUCUUUGGACCAAAGUUUGUGCAUUCUUUGCACCCAUAGUAUGGAGGAAGCAGAGAAUUUGUGUGAUCGAGUAGCAAUACAAGUUGCCGGCCGCUGGCGGUGUCUCGGAAGUCCGGCUCAUCUUAGAGCCGUGUAUGGAGGUGGCUACGAGCUUCUGCUGGAAAAUACAUCGUCAAAUACAAAGCCAGGAGUCAAGAUGAGGGGGCCGCGAUGCAAUCUAGCAGACUCUAAAACAACUCCAGAGUCAUCUGUUCGAGCGUCUCCACCGAGUCGACCGAGUCGUGAAGAAGAUAUCUGCUGUAUCUCUCGCCUACAACUUCUACCUGAUGAAGGAACAACUACUACAUCUUCAUCUUCUAGAAGUCCUCCACCAGGAGCAUCGUCCCCAGAUGAACUAGGAGGGGAACAACAACAAGAACAAGAUCUGCUAGAAGAUGCAGGUUUUUUUCUCCUCCACGAACUACUAGAAAAGUUGAACCUGGUUUUCCACGUCACCAGUAUGACUCGGCAACAGAACAUUACGGUGCGGUUUCCCACAGUGCAGAGUCCUAGGGAAAUAGCCUCUAUCCUAGACUUCUUUCGAGAGAACACAGGAACUUUGUCAAGGACCUUUGUCAUAUCGCAGAUGCGAUUGGAACAUGUCUUUUUACGCUUUUCAGCUGAUGUCGACGAUGCAGUUGUGGCAGAUCAUCAUGGUGUCGUGAACAAUCAUCAAGUAUAUAAUUAAUACAACAAACCACGAAAAGUAUAAGUAGGAAAGAGUUGUGCGUGUUUUUAAGAAGUGAGUGCUUUUUAAGAAGUGUAACAAGUGAUUUACUUUUAUCUUUGAAUACCACUACUGUCUACUCCCCAGGACAUUAUCGAGAGGUGCGCCCCGGGUAGGAGGCGGAAAGAGACAACUAUCGCGCGGGGGGGGAGCCCGGUGGCGCUUAUGUACUGCAGAAGUUUCUGCUAGAUUGAUAGGUUUACAACGUGACAAUCCGAUUCCGAUCAUAAGGUGGAUGACCUUCAUCGACAUCGUAUCAACAUUGUGAUUUAUGACUGUAUCUAUGUGUAAGUGUAACUCUUAAUACACCUAGUCCUCUACAACAGCUGCCCCUGCCCCCGUCGUUUGAAAUCUAAAGAAUAUCGCACUCGUAUCAGUUAAUGCUACUAGUAAGGAGAGAUCAAGCGUUGAGAAUUGCUUCUCACAAGAAUAAAGGCAUAAUGACUUCAUCAAGUAGCAUUCUUAAGUACCGUUCAAGAGGAGGAAUAACAACAAGAAGAUUGAUUGACGGAUUCCAGUGAACGUGCUAAGAUCAUAAGCUGCUGCGUAGGUGUAGGCACAGAGUGAGUCAUUGGCUUCAGGUUAAGAUGAUAUUAAGCUUCUUUACCUUCAGAGGGAAGCGCGGCAAGUAGACCUGCCGAGAAGGUGAACGUACAACGACCAAGAGUCUUGAGUAUGAGGUAACCUAAAGACCCUCGUCACUGAGGAGCUGCGGAGUGAAGAGCGACAGAGAUCACGACCAUGAUGGA